AUGGGUGGCGGUGAGAAGAAGAAGAAACAACUCUCCGGUGCGCAGAAGAGGAAGAAGAAGAGGGAGAAAGAAGAUCUCGCCGCGGAAAUGGAGCGUUUAAAGCUUGGGCCGACCAAGCUGUGGACGGGAUUGGUGUUGCAUCACAAGGAUGUGUUUGUAUCGCAUGUGAUUCCGAAAUUGAAUAGGACAGAUCGGUGGUUCUUUUCAAAGGUGAAUCGUGAGAGUCGGGGUGUGCUUAAGUACGCCGGGGUAGACGUAUCGAAAUUAGGUUGCGCUGUUUACGAAUGUUCAUCCAUUUCGACGUUGGCAUGGGCGUGGAAUCACUUUCCCUGGGGAGAGAAAUUUGAAGAUGGAACGGUGAGAGAUCAAGCCUGGUUUUGCGAGCAAGUUGCUGGAACGAACAAACUCGAGUUCCUCAAGUGGGCGAGAGAAGUGAAACAGUGCGAGUGGGAUGAAAAGACGAUUAAUUCGGCAGCAGAUGAAGGUAAUCUCGAGAUGUUGAAGUACUGCUUCUCUAAUGAUUGCCCGGGUGAUGAAGAAAAGUCGUGUAGACUAGCUGCUAGUGGAGGACACCUCGACUGUGUUCGAUUUCUUUUGGACAAACUGAAACCUUCGCGAGAGACGGAAGAAAAAGCUGUAAUACAGGCGGCAGGAGAUGGUCGCACAAACAUCGUGAAAUAUUUCGUCGAAGAAAGAAACAUAACUGAUGCGUUGAAGUUCGACCUCGUGUUAGGCGCUGCAGUGUUUGGCAAUCUCGAUUGCCUCAAAUACUUAGUCGAAGAGGCGAAAGCACCUCUGAACAACUUUCUAUACGUCGCUUACGCUCGAUACAAAGAGCACCCCGACUGCGUACACUACUUGCUCGAAAAAGGGUGCCCAGAACCAACGGACGAAGAAUACGCUGAAUUUGUCGAGAGAGUACAGCGAGAAGAACGUGAGACUUCAUCAUAA